GAAUACCAGAGUGAGGAGAGACAGAGAAGCAGCAGACAGAGCGCAGAAUGCAGGCUGGUCACUGACACACACACGCACAUGCACGGACACACACACCUCUGAGGAGUGUAUGAGGCAUGCACACGCUGCUGCCCAUGGAAACACACACACUGGCAGGAAAUACAGCGAACCCCAGAGCCUGAGGAGACAUGGAGAGCAGCAUGUUCUUUGGUAACACAUGUCAAAAUGGCCUCAUGCCCGCGCUGGUGCGUCCCACCCUGCCGGCCGUCCAAACCUCGCUGGGCAUGAAGCCGUUCCUCCCGAUCCCGCUGGACACCGCCUCGGCCAUCAGCCUUUUCCCAGGAUUCAACACGAUGGACCCGGUGCAGAAAGCCGUCCUCCAUCACACCCUCGGCAUCCCUCCCACAGCCAAGAGGAAGCAUGUGUCCUGCAGCGUCUGCCAGCUGAGGUUCAACUCACAGAGCCAGGCCUUGGCCCACUACAAGGGCACCAAACAUGCCAAGAAGCUAAAAGCCCUGGAAACCCCGAAGAGUAAGCUCAAAGGCUCAGCGGUCACCAAGGAAACGGCCAACCAGGAGAACGCCAAGGGCAUCAACACCUUGCAGGUCCCCAACGGCACAGACAGGAAAGAUGUCACCUCUGGAUCAACGGCUUCCCCCCUGAUCAGACCAGCGAACCCCAUGGUGACCCCAGCUGCAUCCUCACCUGAGCCGUUAAGCUCUCUGAAAGCUCCAGGUGACGCGGCCGCCUCCGACGCCACCUUGGCUUCUCACGGAGAGGAGAAGCCGCCGAAAACAAACUCACCCUCGGAAACGGACGCAGACCACCAGGCCGAAGCUGAGACAGAGACCGACACGGAGACAGAGGAGGAGAAAGCCCGGCGCCUCCUUUACUGCUCGCUCUGCAAAGUGGCGGUCAACUCGGCGUCGCAGCUGGACGCUCACAACACCGGUACGAAGCACAAGACGAUGCUGGAGGCCCGCAGCGGCGUGGGCUCCAUCAAGUCUUUCCCUCGACCGGGAGUCAAAAGCAAAUUGGCUUCAUCCUCCACAUCAUCAACUGGCCUGCAGAACAAAACCUUUUACUGUGAGACGUGUGACGUGCAUGUCAAUUCAGAGACUCAGCUAAAGCAGCACAUCAGCAGUCGGCGUCAUAAAGAUCGAGCAGCAGGUAAACCAGCAAAGCCCAAAUACAGUCCCUACAGCAAACCGCAGAAAGGCCAGCCCAAACAGCCGAUAAAGCUGAUCUUAGGAAAGGAGCCUCAGUGUCGGCCUCUGACGGCUCAGAUCCUUCCCGCUCACUUGGCAGCGGUAGCCGCCGCCAUCGGAGGCUCCUUCACACACCGCACAAACCACGGCGCCAGCCCAACGCCAAACCCCGCCCUCUUCCAGACUCAGGCGCUCCCCGCCGCACUGCUCCGCCCGGCCCCCGGGCCUGUCAGGACCUCUCAUCCACAAGUCCUCUUUGCCCCUUACUGAGCCUCAAAGACCAAACCAUGUUGGAACCUCUAGCUCCUCAUUCGGGUGGUUCAUUCAAAGCAACCGGAGCUUCUUGUGCUGGAUUUAUUUCUCCGAUCCUGACCGAACGAGCUUUCAGUGCCAUGGCUAACCCGUCCCGGACCGACCCGGAACUACAGUACAUCGUACCGCAAUAAUGUAUAAGACUAACCCUGUGAACUAUGCAGUGUUGUUGCGUCCUGACUGGGAUCUGGUGCGUGGCACCUGGAUCUUUGCUGACAUGGAGGAUCACUCAUAAGUUAAACAGGUUGUUACUGGUACCGAGCGCUGGAGAAGCCCUCCUCUGUUCCUGUAUGCACUUUAAGCUCUUUCUCUGAUGUCUACAGUAGAUGGUUAGACUGUGUUAGGUGGUUACUGUGUCUUGUAAAGUGUGUGUAUGUGUGUGUGUGUGUUUCUUUUUUGCAUUUGUCUCUGCAUAUCUUUAUCUGUGUGUUGGGGAAUGUCGGGCUUCAUGUGUGCGAGUGUGAGAGAUAUUUCUAUCCAUCGUAAGCCAUUCCAGUUGUUAUCCAGCAUCAGUCGUCGCCUACUGUCUCACUGCAAAAACAUUAAAUUAUGCCAAGUAUUUUUGGACUAGCUAUAGUGAAAAUAUCUCAACAUACAAAGAAAAAGCCAAAUCAACUUAGAAGUAACUUUUAAGCAUAAUAUGAGGGCUUGUUUUAGGAAAUAAUUGCUUAAUACAGCUUAUUUCACUUAAACAGUUUUUUCUCAUAAGUGAAAUAAUCUAGAACUUUUUCAUCAAUAUUGUGUGUUUUCCAGUUGCAUAGUGCCAUUUUAUAGCACAAUCAAACAAGUAUGUUAGCUUCAGUUGUUAUAAAAAUGCUAUGUCAAAUAUGGCUUAAAAGAAGUUUGACUUGGUAAUUUAACGCCUCUGUCUCUUUAAGAGCUCCUGCUCUUUCAGAAGCUCCGCCUUCAGGAAGUCAUCACAACAUGGCUGCUCUAUUAACCCUUUAACGUUUUUACCAGCACUUCAAUGAAAAGUAGCUUCUGUAAUGAGCUCAGCAGGUGAGCUGUUAUACUAGGUGUUUGCUAAUUGCUGCCGACUAGUCUGAAGGAGCAGGAGAGGACUGCUCUGUGAGGCGGUAGCUUGGGAACUGCAGCUCAGAGGAGGAGUGGCGCCUCGAAGGCGGAGCUAGGUCCACCCUAGUGUUUUGAACAGCUGAAUGGUUGCCAUAGAGAUUAAAGGAUUCUCAAACAUGUAUGAAAGAAUCAAAGCAACUCUCCAGUUUUUGAUGAGGGAAUGACAUUAUAACAUGAUGUAAAGCUCAGAAAAGUUUUUUUUUCAUGAUACUGGACCUUUAAGGAAUUAUUGACUUAAAACAAGCUUCUAUAUUUUACACAAGCUCCUUGUGAAUUUGUUUUAUUUCAAUUGUAUUAAAGCGUUUGCAAUAGAAACUGGGACAAAAAUACUUGGUUAGACUUUGUGUUUUUGCAGUGCUCUGGCCAGAGGGACCACAAAAGCUUGAUGUGUUAAAUGUUGUGUAAAAGAUGAACAAUUUCAAAUAAAAGAAUCCUAAUUUGUUAU